AUGGAUUGUCUCCUUAAUAAACCUUCUGCUGUUGCGACACCAAGUUCUCUCGAUCUUCCACCGACCAAUGAUGGGCCGCCUCUCUCUGCAAUUUCUUGUCCUCCAUCAUCACAUCCCAAUCGUCUCAUCGAGUUUGAAGACAAUGACACUACGAUGCGUCUAUUAAUGCAAUAUACGACCGAGUCAAACAUCCGCAAUAAUUCAUUACAAUUUGAUCCGCGUGAAUUUUAUCGUCGAUUCGAUGUACAUAAGAUGGAACUUCUCACUCCGCAGAUUCUCAGCGAGGUAGAAAAAGGACUAGUAAAAGAUUUAAGUGAAGGGCUAUCUUUUAUGGUGAUAAAUAGCGGUGCAAGCUCAUCGUUCAAUGCAGCUCAGUUUAAAAACUCCCGUAUGAAACAGAGUGAACUCAGUCCAGUCAUCAUCGAAGCGGCUCUCACGCAUAUCAUCGAGAAUUUAGAUAAGCAUCCUAACUUGAUAAAAGCUUUAGGAAGAGGCAAAAUUGGCUACCACGACAAAGGUACAAUGCUCAACGAUAUGGGUGUGCGAACAUUUGUAAUCAAAGGAUCAGAAAAAGCGAAUAAUACAAAUUAAAAGCGGUUUGAGAGAUGCUAUUGUAUCUACAAUUUAUUAUUCUAUUAUCAUAAAAUAAAUUUGAUUCUUUAUAACAUUUGACUGCUAAAAUAUGUAGAUAUUUGCUUCUUUCCAUUGUUCGUCUCUACACACCAAGCGCUUGAGAUGAACAUGACAUCUGUCAGAAAGGAAAAAAAUAGGGUAUUAUUCCGUGACAGAUGCGUGUUUUUAUUCUUGUCAAAAAAAGGUCUAUUUAUUUUCUGAUAAUAUGCACAAUUUAAUCAUAUACUUUCUCACUAGGAAAAACCAGUGAGUUAUUAUAUUCGAAUUCUUACACAUACUGUCAGAAAAAUAAAGAAAGAAAAAAUAAAAACAUACGAUGUAAAUGCAUCAGUCAUCUAUUGUUCAUUAUACAUGUCGCUGUUGUCUGAAGAAGACUUCGUCAAAGUUGAAAUGUCACAUUGAUCAAUACAACUAAAAAAGAAAAUCGAAACAGUAUUAUACGAACUCAAUAUUGACAUCUAUGACAAAAUUUUCGAGAUUAUAGACGAACGACUAAGACUCGUCUAAAAAAACUUUUCAAUUCAUCAGUAGAAAAAAACAAAGUUUUCUGUAAAAAUAUUUAUCGAAUGCAACGUAGAAAAAUAAAGAGGAAUAAAUAGUUAUCUUUAGAAUAAAUCAAUUUGAUUGUUGAAGAAAGAGAUGUAAAAAUGAAAGAUGAUUGUUGCUGUCGAUAUUACUGCAAAAUUAUGUUUGAAGAUAAGGGUGUGAGUGUGGGUGUGGGUGUGGGUGUGAGGUAGAUGUAGAUGUGGGUGUGAUGUAAAGAAGAUAAACACCCACACCCACACUCACACACCCACACCCACACCCACACCCACCCCCACACCCACACCCACACCCACACCCACA